CUUUAAAAAAUCAAAUGUCAAAUUCGUGUCGUCAUGGAAACCACAUUUUGUUUAUCAAUAUAAAAAAAAGUGUGGUUUAGUCGAUAAAACGAGAUUAUUUCCAAGCAUACAAAAAUAGCUAGCUACAAUAAUGACUGAAUCUCAGAAAACACAAUUUGCGGCGAACCCUCGUGCGUUCCUUGAGCAGCACAUCACCGCUUUGCAAAGCGAGUCGAAGAUGACUCGAAAACAAGCCCUGCUAAAGAUCAACGAAGAGAUAUUUGAGACCCCGGAGCACAAAGAUUGCGACUUAACUGUCGUUUUCCCAGAGGUCUAUGCUUACGUCUUGAAGAGUUUCGCCGAUUCUUCUGAGGCUUGUCGAGAGACUGCAGCUGCAAUAAUCUCUAACUUCAUUGGCCGGUUACCGUUAAACGAUUAUUAUUUAACCUACAUUUUACCAGUUCUAGUCCGUCGGAUUGGCUGUCCGGAGAUUGUGGAAGAAUCUGAAGAGAUUCGUUUAAUUUUAGUAGAGCUAGUUCACCAGAUACUUAUAAAAUACAACGUGUCGCAUCUCCUUAGCCCAUUCAUCAAUGAUUUCACAAGCAUUCUCACGAAGACCAGCACGGACCCGUUUCCGAAGGUGAAGCUGGAGGCCUGCGAGUGCAUUAUUCUGCUGUCGAGGACCCUGGCUCGGGACUUCCAUUUCCAGAGUGAGAGCUAUGUCAAACCAGUGCUGUCUAACUUUGCUCAUCAACAUUAUAAGGUUCGGGUGGCGUCGAUUAAGGCUAUUGGAGCAAUAGUAAUAGCUGGAAACGCCAAGUGCUUUGAACUGUCCAUCACUCCAAUGGCCGAGAAGCUGUUUGACGAGAACAGCCCAGUCCGGCUGGCGGUUACGGAGGAGGUCGGCAACUGGAUGCUGAAUUACAGAGACCGGUACUCAUUCUGGCAUCGCAUGAUUCCUCUGCUGUUGACCAGCAUGAGUGAUGUAAUAGAAAACAUCAGAGAAAUAGCCGCAAAACUCUGGACGGAUAUUGGCCUUCAGUAUAUGGAGGAAAAUGAAGAGGACCUCAAGAAAAGAACGGAUUUUCUCAAGGACGUGCCGCCACACUACCCUGACGUGACGAGACCCAAUCUUGGCUGCAGGCAGCUGGUGCAAAGCAAUAUUGGGAAGAUUGUGCCGGCUAUUGGAAGAGAAAUGGAGGGCUGGCAGGCAGACGCACGUCUCCGCGUAGCCCAGUUACUGUGCUGGCUAGUGGUAUGCGCGGAAGACGGUUCCACACAACACGCUAAUACCAUUGUGCGGACGCUACACCGCGGGGCUAGUGACGAUGAUGACCGAGUUAUUCUAGAGAUAAAACGCGCAGCGGAGCUAUUCGGCUACUUCAUCAGUCCCGAUACCUGGUGGCCUCUGCUCGAGGCCGAGAUGGACUCGUGGGGGGCUCUCAUCGUCCUGGCGAAUAUCAUCAAAGGCUCCCAAGCGGACCUGGUGCUGCCCAAGUUGAAGGACAUAUUCAAGGAGCUGGCUGAUCCGGACAGGUGUAGGGUUAGAAAGGAAAAAUACCAAAGAGGCCUCCUGUACGUGUCGGAAGCGGUGCUGGAUCUUUGCGGCGAGGGCUGCCAACGAGUAGCAGAAGAGCUGUUUACCAUCAACUUCACCGUCUACGCCAUGCCAGUGGAUGAUAAGGCGCAGUUUAUGGCCUUAUCGAACCUGGACAAGAUCCGUUUUGUAGAGAAUUGCGGGCGUACCCUCACCACGCUGUAUGAGAAGCAUAUUCGCCACAUCCUGGCCGCUAUCACCUCGGACGCCCUGACUUGGACGCUGCUGACGCCAGACCGGUGUCUCUUGGAAUGCGUGCUGAUGAAUACUGGUUCAGCCAUGUCGUCCAACCUGCACCUCAUAGCCCCCCUCCUGAAGGAAUGCCUCGCGACCCCCAAAGUAGACCCCGAGGUCAAGUUGAAGAUGUUCACCGCUCUCUCCACCGCGCUGCUGCGGCGACAGGACAACUUCAGCAAGUGCAGCGGCGACAUACUUGAGGCUUUCUUGAAAAUUAUCAUUGAAGAGGUGAUUUUGGUGAAUUUGGUAUGGGAGCCAGGCCGCACUGCAGAAGCAAUUCGCACGGCCGCCAUAGCAUGUCUGUGUUCAGCAUUACAAGAGAAUCCUCGCAACGAGCUCGAGACAGAGAGCGGGGCCGACGGAGAUAAGCAGGACAAGGACAAGGAAGUAAAUCUGUUUCCAACAAAAGAGUCCCUGGAGCCAUUCUUAGAGCAAAUAGUCCCGUUGCUCAACAGUUUACUGGAUGACAACUCGGCACUGACUAGACAACACACGCUUCGGGCCAUCUGCUGUCUAGCUACGUUGGCAACUCGACGAGGUUGCUUCACUGCUGGAAUAUUACACAAGUUGUACUUUGGAGUGUUGAAACGUCUCGACGAUAGCAACGACAAAGUUCGUUCCUUCGCCGUCCAGACCCUGACCACUUUGUUCAAAAACCGCCCCGUCCCGUACGAUACCAUACUCUACAACGCACACAUCGAUGCUACGUACAGCGCCAUGCUCAUACACCUUGACGACACCUCCGAGGAGUUCCGUAAGGAGAUGCUAGAUGCCCUGAUCACGCUAAGUACCGUUGACCCGGCGCUCCUAAUGAAAAAAGUGAAAGCAAAUAUUCAGCUGUACAGAAAUAAAGCGGCCUAUGAACGGCUGUCUAGCCAUAUUGAGAAGAUACUGAAGUCUUAGCUUAAUUUAUAUUUUAAGUUUUAUCGUAAAAGUACUUAAAUUUCUUGAUCUUACAAGAAUUUGGGACCUAAGUAAACGGUCCAAUAAUUCCAAUAUAUGCAGCUUGGCAAAAAAGAGUAGAAAUUAAAAAGUGGCAACACUGUAGUGUCGUCCCAUUCAAACUAAUUUAUAUAAGAAAACGGGACGACACUACAGUGUUGCCAUUGCCUCUUUUAAUUUAUAUUCUUUUCUGCCAAGCUGUAGGUCAAUGGAGAGUUAGGAGGACAUGUGUGGGACUGUUCAGAUUCCUCAAGAAUGUCGGGCAAAAUGAGGAAUACCAAUUUUCGUCAUGGGUGAUCACUGAUCAAUGAUCUUACAAAUAUGUAGGUACCUAUUGUAAUAGAUAGUGGCUUUAGUUCAUAGCUCAAUUUAGCCUAACAACAUUAAAAGGUGUGCACGUGUAGAUGCAGCAUGAAUGACUUAAAUACAGGGAGCUGCAAAAGUGCAUAGCCGCUUUAUGAAUGGGAUUUGUUCAUAAAAGCGGUAUGCACUUUUUAAAGUUGGGGGUACUAGAGUUUUUUUUAUGCAGCUGGCUAAAUUAAAACUUGUCAAAGGCAACUUAAUUAAUUUCAUCGUAAGAUCUUUUCUUGAUUUUCGUUUAUAAUUUAGAAGUGCAAUAAAUUGGUUUUAUCUUGAAA